AUGAUUGUCAAAGAAUCGAGAUGGGAUCAGCGAGGCAAGCGGCCGGCCAGGAUCGCCAAUGUGUCAGGUGCCAGAACCGACCCCGGGUACCACAUGCGUCGACAGGCGGAAUGGGGUGACGUUGAUUUCUUGACGGGCGACUAUCUCGCGGAGAUCAAUCUCCCAGAAAACAAAAAGGGAAUGGACGCCGGCCUGCACGACGGCUGGGAACCGACCUGCUGGGACGGCUUCGUACAAACCAUUGAUCUGAUCGCUCAGAAGGAGUUGAAGGUCAUUGUCAACGGAGGAGCUCUAAACCCUGGAGGCCUUGCAGCCAAAGUCCAGCAACUUGUCAACGAGAAAGGCUAUUCCCUCAAAGUCGCCUAUCUCUCCGGCGACGAUCUGACUGAGGAGACAAAGGACCAAAUCACUCGCACUGGUCAAAUCCCUGCUCAUCUCGAUUCGAACAAUCCCGAUGUCAAGGUCGAAAAACUGGCCGUUGCCCUCCAGGACUACCAAUCCAGACCCGUCAUCACCUCGCACGCGUAUCUUGGGGCGAGAGGGAUCGUAGGGGCCCUCGACGGCGGCGCAGAUAUCGUCAUCGCAGGUCGAGUCGCCGACGCUUCUCCAGUGAUUGCUGCCGCGUGGUACUGGCAUCAAUGGAAGCCGACAGACUACGACCAACUCGCGAGCGCCCUUAUCGCGGGCCACUUGAUCGAAUGCUCAGCAUACACGACGGGCGCCAAUUUCGCCGGUUUCGACCAGUUCGACCUGGACCUAUUGGUAGACCUCCCCUUCGGCAUCGCCGAGGUGGCCAAAGACGGAACCGCGGUGAUCACCAAGCAUGAAAACACCGAAAAGGGCGUCGUCAACGCAGACACCAUCAAAUGCCAGUUCCUCUACGAGAUCCAGGGCGCCAUCUACCUGAACAGCGAUGUUUCCGCCGACACGACCAAUAUCGCCAUCAGGGACGUGGGCAAGAACCGCGUCGAAAUGUCGGGGAUCAAGGGCUACCCGCCGCCUCCGACGACGAAGCUCGCUGUGUUCUACGACGCAGGGUAUCAAUGCCAGCUUUUGGCCAACGCGGCCGGAUACGCGACGGACAAGAAGUGGCAGUUGUUCGAGAAGCAGAUGCGGUUCUUCCUCAACGAGAAGGGUGUUUUGGACCAGUUUGACCACCUCGAAUUUCAGAUCACUUUCACGGCAAGACUACACUGGUCGCUCGACUACCGCACCGCGCACCCCAAGCCGUAUAUAUCCUUCUACCCGGGUCUGUACGACCAGACUGCUCUCAAAGAAGCCGCGCACAUUCUCGGCCCCGACGGCAAAGUCGCGCAGACCAUCCCCGCGAAGCUCCCCGCCGAGUUCUACCACCUCGAACGCCGGAUCAAUUUCGACGCCACGCCAUACACCCCGCGUAGCCCAGGAGGCCCCACGCGCACCGUUACGCUGGGCGACAUCGCCUACGGCCGCUCCGGUGACAAGGGCGCCAACUGCAACUUUGGCAUCUACCCGCGCAACCCGGCGCACUGGGACUGGUUCCGCGGGUACAUGUCGCGGGCGAAGCUGCAGGAGCUGAUCGGGGACGACUGGCGCGACUCGUACUUUAUCGAGCGGAUGGAAUUUCCCGAGAUCAAGGCCGUGCAUUUCGUCGUCUACGGCAUCCUCGGGCGCGGCGUGCUGGCGAGCACCUUGCUCGAUUCCCUGGGGAAAGCGUUUGCAGACUAUAUCCGGGCGAAAACGGUCGAGGUCCCCGUGGAGAUUUUGGAGCUGUAG